AUGCUCCGUUCAGUUCCAUUCAAGCUCCUACCGUCGAGUGUCUAUUUGAGAAUUUUUGCUAGGGCUGUUCAAACAAGAUGCUUUUGCCGCGCGUCGUAUUUGUUGAAACUCGCGGCGGUACAACAAAUACCCUUACAAACUGGAGUUGACUAUAGAAAUCUCGAUGAAACACACCUCAGCACGAUCAAAGACAAAGAUGUGCAGGAACUUUCAGUCAAGCUCGAUGCGGAGUUUGAGUUGCGCGAUUACCAGAAAGACGCGAUAGAGUCAAUCACCCAGGCUUUGAAACGAGGCGUCCGCAAGCCUGCCGUUGUAGUAGCCACGGGUGGAGGCAAGACGGUGAUUUUUUCAAGCUUGUUGAAGAAGCUUGAGCCGACAAAUGCAGGCAACGGUACAAAAGUUCUCAUUCUUGCUCACACGCAAGAGCUAAUCAAGCAGGCAGUCGACAAAAUACGAAUGAUAAACCCCGAUCUACGCGUGGGUAUCGAGAUGAGGAAAUUGAAAGCAGGUCCCCUUGAUGAUGUCGUUGUUGCUUCAGUGCAGACUUUGAGAAUGGCGCAACGACUACAAAGGUUUGACCCGCUGGAGUUCAAAAGCAUCAUCAUUGACGAGUGCCACCAUGCGCCCGCUACCUCCUAUGUAAAGAUUCUUGACCAUUUUCGAGCUCUUGAAAAAGAGCUGCAUUUGAGCGUCAUUGGGUUCACGGCAACCUUUGCCAGGUUUGAUGAGGUCUCAUUGGGCAAGAUUUUCGACGAGAUUGUCUUUUUGAGGUCAUUGGAAACGAUGAUUGAAGCGGGAGAGUUGGUGAGGCCGGUUAUCAAGAGCGCGGUUAUCAGUGACUUGAAAUUGAGUAAUCUUAGGAGGUCCCGCGGAGACUAUGAUACAGGAGAAUUGUACGAGCAAAUGGUAGAGGUCGGGGUCAAUGAGCAAGUCGUGCUCUCCUACAUGCAGUUGGUCGAGAAAACGGGAAGCAAGAGCACGUUGGUGUUUUGUGUCAAUGUUGAGCAUUGCCAAGAGCUAUGUUCGAUGUUUCAAUCACAUGGUAUCGAGGCGCAGUAUGUCACUGGACAAACGUCCAAGUCCGAAAGGGCUGCUUUGGUGGAGGACUUCAAGAUGGGGAGAAUCUCGGUGUUGUGCAACGUUGAAGUUUUCACUGAGGGCACAGACAUGCCAAACAUCGAUUCCAUAAUCUUGGCAAGACCGACACUAUCGAAACCGUUGGUGGCUCAAUCAAUUGGCAGAGGGUUGAGAUUGCACAAGAACAAGACGAGCUGCCAUAUUGUUGAUUUGGUGGGGAACACGGUGGAUGGGAUUGAUGUGGCUCCAACAUUGUCAGGAGACUCGCUAUCACCAAGGAAGAAGCUUGCAGAUGAGGAAGAAGUUGAAGGAGAGGAAGAAGAGGAAGAGGAAGAGGAAAAGGAAUUUGAUAAAGAGUUGACUGCUAGAUCUAGACAGCUAGCUGUUGCAAGACUCUUGAAUCUACACAAGAAAAACAUUUUAACGCUUAAAGAACAGAAACUAUUGUUUGCCAUACCCAACAACUGGUUCUUUGACAAGGAGUUGAUCAGAAGCGUCAUGUUAAAGAACCGUUACCCCUGGACACCCAUUGUCUUUGACAAGGUAUGGGGGCUUCAGGUGCAAGGAGCUACUUACUUUUUGCUAAAAAAAUUGGAAACGGCAGGCGAGUCCCCGACAUUUGAAAUCACGCUACGCGAGCACGGUAGUGACUCGGCGCAAGUAGUAUGCCGGAACCUGAACCUUUUGCAAGCUUUAAACGAGUUGCGAGAAUCAUUUCCAAACGACUUGGACUAUGCUGAAAAACAAAAUACAUUUGCGCGAAAACCCAGCCGGAAACAAGUCGCCGCGUUGACCCAGCUGCUCCUGGGAGCCAUUGACAGGUAUAUUGCGAGAAACAACUUGGAUGUGAGCCAUCAGGAGCUCAAAUCCGCUGUGGAAGAAGCUCUUCAAGGCGAAAAAUUGGCCAUGGUAACUAGACUUUUUUUCGCUUUCCGGUACAACGGGCGAACAGACUACGAACUUAUCAAAGGGCGGCGACUAAUGGACAAAGCAAUGACGAUUAUAAAAGAACGUAAUUAG